UUGUGUAACAUAACCUCACUGUUUUCAAACAGUUUUGAAGUUAUGAAUUUGUACAUUCUUCUAUAAAUUAAGUAUGAUAUGCAUAAAUUCUGUAGCCCAAUUAAGGAUAAUUAAAAAAUUUGUUUUUCAUACAAAAAAUAUAGCCUUAUGUAAAAAUCAUGUCUUAAGGAUUCUACCCAGUGCAGGUGCUUCUUACAAUUCAGUAUGUGGCUUACAUUCUUGUCCAAUCCUUUUAAAACGAAGAAAAACCAUGGAAGAAAGGAAAUUGCCAAAAGCAUAUGAAGUCAAUCAGAAAUCUAAGGGUGAAAUAGUGGACAUAUGGAGAAAUAUAACGAUGGCCGAGCUUGCCAAUGUCUUGCAAAAGGACUUGGAUUACGUUAAUGACUUAUUUUUGGGAAAAGUUCAAGGAAAACAUACACCCAUUACCGACAUUAAGGAAUUACAUAAUGCAAUAAGAAGAAGUGGUCGACGCAUGCGAAUAAUUGGUAAAGUUGUUGAAACAAAGGAGAAAACUGAAGAGAAAGAUGCAUUACCCAGACCACCUGCUCAGAAAUCCGAAUUAAAGCCAAGGCCUCCUAUAAUUACGGUCAUGGGUCACGUGGAUCAUGGAAAAACCACCUUAUUAGAUUCACUACGAAAUUCGCGUGUUGUCGAUCAAGAAUUUGGCGGUAUCACGCAGCAUGUGGGAGCUUUUUCUGUGAAAUUGGAAUCAGGGGCGGAAGUAACGUUUCUUGACACUCCAGGGCAUGCAGCUUUUAGCGCAAUGCGUGCACGUGGUGCUAAUUUGACUGACAUCAUUGUGUUGGUUGUUGCUGCCGAUGAUGGAGUGAUGGAGCAAACUGUGGAAUGUAUAAAGAUGGCGAAGAAUGCACAUGUUCCUAUCUUAGUGGCAAUUAAUAAAAUUGAUUCGCCUAAAGCAGACACUGAGAAUGCGGAACAGAUGUUGUUGCAACACGGCAUUCAAGUGGAGAGGUUAGGCGGAGAUAUUCAAGCGAUCCACAUAUCCGCGCUUAAAAAAAUCAAUUUGGACCAGCUUACAGAAGCUUUGGCGUUGCAAGCCGAACUUCUAGAGGUGGGCAGUGACCCGACGGGACCUGUCGAAGCUGUUGUUGUUGAUAGUCGGAUCGAUCCACACAGAGGGCGCCUGUGUACGAUGGUUGUGCAGAGAGGAACUCUGAAAAAGGGAAUCGUCCUAGUGGCGGAUACCGUAAUGGCUAAAGUUAGACUAAUGAGGGACGCUCAAGGUCACCUUUUAAGCGAGGUCAAACCCGGAUAUCCCGCUGAAGUAGAAGGUUGGAGAGAAUUACCUUCGGCUGGAGAGCUGGUGCUUCAAGUUGAAUCGGAGAAGCGAGCAAAAGCCGUUAUCAAAUUUAGAGAGGACCAGAAAGAGAUGGAGAAGCAAGAAGUGGAUAAGGUUGCCAUUCUUGCGAAAGCGGAACAACAUCAAUUGCUGUACAAGGAAAGAUUAGAAUUGAGACGGCGAUCGGGACGAUUUAGGUUGCGUAAUCAAGGGCCACGUAAACCUGAGAGCACGCCACAGGACGAUACUCCAACAUUACAUUUGCUAAUAAAGUCUGAUGUAGAUGGAACGUUGGAGGCUAUCUUGGAAACUUUGAGCACUUAUAAUUAUCCGGAAUGCCAAAUGGAUAUUGUAAGUUAUGGUGUUGGAGCUGUCACAGAAAAUGAUAUUGAGUUAGCUGCAACAUUUAAAGCAAUAAUAUACACCUUUAACGUAACGUGUCCACCCACACUACAACAAAAAGCCGAGGCGGAAUCCGUCCAAAUUAAACAUCUUAACGUUAUCUACAAAUUAGUCGAUACCAUCAAGGAAGACAUGAAUAGCACAUUACCACCUAAACAAGUAGAAAGCUUACUAGGAGAAGCCAAAGUUCUGCAACAAUUUUUCAUUAAUGAAGGUCGCAAAAGUGUACCUAUUGCCGGUUGCCGUUGUGAGAAAGGGAUUUUGAAAAAGAGUAUGCAGUAUCGUAUAAUCCGCAACGAUCUGGUAAUACAUGAAGGCACCCUAUCGUCAAUGCGUCAUUUAAAGAACGAAGUUGACGUUAUCAAAGCAGGCACGGAAUGCGGAUUGCAAUUCAUUGAUAAAUCGAUUAUCUUCGAAGUUGGGGAUGUGAUCAAAUGUUACGAGUAUAAAAUGGAGCCCCACAUUGUCCAGUGGGAUCCUGGAUUUUGAAAUGAUUGAGCUGGAUGUUUCAAUUCUAAGAUGAGGAAUUUUUAGCUUUAAUUAAGAUUUUUGGAGUAAUAAAAAUGAUUCUAUCCUGA